GAAGGAUUGGAAGUAAAAAGAUCGUGUGAGUCCGAAAGUAAAAAAAAAAAUGCCUCUCCGCCAGUGGAGCCGGCCGGUGCCUCGGGGUUCUGCCGUUGUCGCCUCAGGUCCCCAAUUGCUGGUUCCGGUUAGGUCAGCAGUUGGCAGUACCCCGCGGGAAACGGCCAUGGAUGCUGACAAGGCGGAUGAAUGUAUCAUUAACAAACUGGCAAACGGCCCAUUUUGUAUCAAUAACCAUAAUUCUUCAAUUUGCACAAGGAUAGUAGGCGCUCUUUCAGUUACGAAAGUGCUAGCUCCCGUACUACAAGAAGAGCAUGGUCUCCAUUUGCCCGAACAAGCAGGUAUAAAGAGAGAGGAACUUGGAUGAACCAAGAGACCUCCCCAUCAAUCCCAAGGGUCCAUUGUGAUUUGAGCUCAGUUUAUCAUAAAUGGGAGACGAAGGUCUGGCACAGCCAAGAAGAUCAACGACAUGGCAUUCCAAUAUAACCUAAGCCGCGUCCAGAUUAUCCUGUGCGUUUGGCAUCUGACAUCAGCAUGAAAAAAGGUAUUUGAGAAAGGAGUGAUUGCCCACGAGGCAAGAAUACUUAACGGACUGGUGUCACCAUAUUGCAGUGGUAAGCUUGAGUUGACGACUUGACACACUUGGCAGAUUAAAUCUUGCUUUAUCCCAAUAGCAUCUGAUUCCUUGAACUGGCACCCGCAAUCAUUUGGUAGUGCCCUCUAUUAGUGGAGUAAUUAGGCCGUAAGUGUCUGAACAAGCAAAACCACUCGUUAUCAGAAUGGAUGAGGAUCUUAUAGAACGGCGGAUUAUUGCGAUUCUUUGUUCCUAGUAUAAUUCCUGGUGAUGUAAGUCAACAUACACUACUCUCGAGGCGUUUCUUCCCCAAACCCAGUGAUAUCUGCGUCAGUGUGUCUUUCUCCCGCCAGAGCCAUCGUAUGCCCGUCCAUUUGGUAGAGGCCAUCUGCGUCGGAGUAUGUUCCCGUCUGCAUUGAUCUUCCGUUCAAAAUUGGAUAGCAGAGAUACUGCAAGAACUCGAUCCUCAGAAUUCUCAUACGACAAGGAGAGAGCAUUU